UCAUAUUGGGGGCAGGUAGGAGUAAGCUUGACGUGAGUUGCUUUAGAAAUCUAUUGGGAGCUGUUCUCUUCAUAAGAAACUCAAGGAGGAUUUGAAAACGCACUUUAUUGUUCCAGUCAUCAUAAAUGGUCUCAACACCCAGAAUAUGGGAUUGGAAAACAGUAUUUGCAAAUUGAUAAUAAAUAAAUACAUAAUUUUUAAAAAUUGUUAAACUGUCACUUGGUCUCCCCUUGUUUCUGCAUCAUCUACACACCAGGGUUUCUUACAAAGGGCACAGUAUGAAAAAAGGACCAAAAUACCCACUUUGUAAAUAACACAGACUGCUCAUUCUCAUGCACUGUGGGAGAGUUGUAAAAAUCCUACUUGAUUUUAUUUGCUACAUUUUAUUUUUUUAAUAUGGUGUAUUUAAUUUGUUUUACUCUGCAUUUUUUAAUUUACUGUAGACUUAUUAAAUUCUUUUUGAUAAAAGUUUUCUUUGACAUUACCAAAUUUGACCCUUUGAAAGUCUGAAGGCACGAGUGCUGUGUAGCACUUCUCAACACAGUGUGCUUUGACUUCAGUUUUAUCUACCUUCAUUUACCUUUUUUAAAACUUUUUUCCAACAGACACAAAGCAUCCAGGUGAAACAACAAAAAAGAACAUAAAUGAAUAAAAAUCCACGUUAAAAUAGAAAAUGUAAAUGCAGGCCUACAGGGUGGUGGAGCAGUGGGUGUGGCUAUGAAUGAUGACAAGACUAACCCAAGGAGGAUAAAUAGCUUGCUCACAAACACAUUCAGAUACAGGUACAAGAUGCCGAAAUCCUACAAGACUCAGCGAGAUUUGGAAAGGAUCCUGAGAGAUGUGAAUCCUUGGGACUCUGAUGGAGAAGACAUUUCACUUCAGCCAAGUUCAGACUCUGAAACUUCUUCUGAUGAGGAAACUUCACAGCCGCAAAAAAAGAGAAGUCAGUUGGACACACAGACUCAGACAACCGAGAAUGCAAAAGAUGGCACAUUGUGGCUUAAAGAACAGGUCGGACGCCCUUUCCAUCAAAGCCCGAUUACACCUUACACCUCAGACGGAGAGCCAACGGCUUCAGUCAAAACUAUGGUGAUGAGUCGUUUGCAGAGUUUCCUCUGCUUCAUCACUCUAGACAUGCUUAAGAACAUUCAGCAGUGGACUGUUCAGCAUGGAUGCCAGACACAGCAUGAGAGUUGGGUCAUGGCCCUCCCUGAACUGAUGGCAUUCAUUGCUAUCCUUCUCCUGCGUGGGAUCAUCAAACUCCCAUCAGUACGUGAUGCAUGGUCAGCAAAAAUGGGAAAUCCACUGAUCAUUGGCAUUAUGACCCGAAACCGUUUCCAAAACAUCAUGAGACAUCUACGUUUUGAUGACAAGGACACACGCAGUGAACGAGUUGAGACUGACCGGUUUGCUGCAAUCUCAGAUAUUUGGAAGUCUUUUGUUGCCAACUGCAUCAAAUCAUACAACCCAGGCAGAUACAUCACCAUUGAUGAGCAACUUUUCCCAACAAAGACUCACUGCUGCUUCCUUGAGUACAGUGCAACAAAACCUGGCAAGUUUGGCAUCAAGUUCUGGGUGGCUUGUGACUUGAAAUCUAAGUAUGUGUGCAACAUCAUCCCGUGUCUUGGCAAAGACCCCAAUCGCCCCACAGGGGAAAACGUGGUGAUGAAGCUAAUGGAACCCUUCCUGGACAAAGGAAGAACUGUUACCACAGACAAUCUCUUCACAUCGCUGUCACUUGCACAACAACUACUCAGUCGGAAGACCACCUUCAUUGGGAAAAUCAAUAAGCUUCGCCGUGAAGUUCCAGAAUCAGCCAAAACCACUUUGGACUGGAAUGAAUUCAGCACUCAGGUGUUUUCAGCCUCUGAUGUCACCUUGACGGUUUAUGCACCCAAACGAAGAAAGACAGUGUGCAUCCUCAGCAGCCUGCACAGUGUGGUCGAGACUGGGGAUAACUGGAAAAAGAAGCCGAACACCGUGACUGACUACAAUAGCUGCAAGUCUGGUGUUGAUGCAAUGGACCAAAUGGUGCGAGAGUACACUGUGCGCUCAGGAACACGCCGAUGGCCAGUUGCUGUGUUCUACAACAUGGUUGACAUUGCGGCGCUGAAUGCACAUGUGCUUUACCAACAAUGCACUGGGCUAGAGGAGAGACGAGUAGACUUUUUGGUGGAACUUGCAAAGGAGCUUGCCCAAACACAUGUGGAAGACAAGAAGGUGAAGAAGGAAAACCUACUUCGGCAAGAACCCCCCACACCUGGUCAGGGGAAGAGGGCAAUGUGUCAGGUGAACAGCCGAUGCAAGAGCAAUCACGCUACCGUGCGUUGUGUUGAUUGUUACAAAUACACAUGUGGCAAAUGCAGAAAGGAAGUAGAGUGGCAGUGUCAACCCUGUUCAGACAGAGAAUAGGGUUGAAGAGUUGAAAGACUUGUCAUUUUCAGCAUUUCCUUUGUCAGAUAUGUAACAUGUGAGUACAUGUAACAGUUUUUAUGGCCUAAAUGUUUUACAUAUGUCAUUUAAAUCUGCAUCAGAAAUAAACUUAAAAAGAAAAAAGGGAAAUGUUUCAACCUCUGACUGAAAUAGGAAAAAUAUAAUCCCAAAAGUGGAGUUUUUAUUACUGAUUGCAACCUGUAAGACAAACCAGUGGGAUACAUUUUUACGCACUAAUUUGAAAUCUCUACGUCUUUCUCCAUAAAUUCCAACAAACAGAUUAUUUUUAGGCAACAAUUUUUCUAAUGUUUAGAGUAAGUUCCUUAUUUACAGAACAAUAGUGACUAUAAUGUUGUAGAAGGUUUGGGCUUUUCACACUUAAGUGAGUUUGUUAGUCAGCACUAACCCAGCCAUUUGGCUGCUCUCUGGGCAUUAUAGGUAGAAAAGUUAAAUGGGUUGGCUGUGGAAAACCGAAAGGAAUUUACAGAAAUCAAAGUAAAAUGUUAAAAAUUGCAAUGGAGAAAGAAACAGGAAAAAAGUUGGGGCAUGGCUAACUAGAUGAUGAUAUUUAGUAUCAACUCAUAAUAAAUACCUUUUUUUUGCCACAUUCUUUUAAUUGAAUUUUCAAAAGAAAAAAAUAAUUUACAUUUCACUUAAUUCAUCAUUUACAAAAAAUACUAAUUUUUUUAACAGUGUUUAAAAUAAUUUCAAUAUUUUUUUCUUAUUCUCAGUCUUAUUUCA